GUAUAAAGUUUUUUAACUGAGAUUCAUAAAUCACAGAUCUUCUCAUGUUUGACCUUGACCAAUAUUCUUAUAUCAUCCAAUAAUAUAUCGACACGUUUGCAAAGUACUGGCUCAAAUCCUUCCCGCUUUCACGGGAAAACCAUGUGCUUUUACUAGCACCAUCUUCAUCCUUUUCCUCUCCACUCCAUCAAAACUCGAAGGCAAGGCGGACAUUCCAGGAGCUUCGCGAACGGCUGUCUGUAAGUCUGGAAGGGGAACCCUUUCUCUCGCGAUCCAUUUUCCCAGCCCUCGAACUUCUCUCCCAACCUCCGGUGGCCAGACGUGUCAGCCUUCAUCGACAUUCGAAGGCUCGAAUCCUCUUCUGCUGCCGUAGCCUCGAAGCCUCUUCUCUCGCUUUCCUCAACGUUGUUUACAAGGAUGGAAUCCCAAAAAAGUCAACAAGAUACAAGAUCAUCUGCUGCCACAGCUCCAGCCGUCAGUUCCUGUCGGAAGAAGAAGUCUGAGGACGCCACCUUCUUGGAAGAUAUUAAGGAUCACAUUGAUGAGUUUAUCCAUGCUUCCAUGGAUGAACACAAAACCUGCUUUAAGAAAACUAUUCAGAAGAUGUUCGGAAUGUCAAAGAUUGUCGCAGAAAGGAAUUCUGAACCCAAGGAAGUCGAAAGUGUUCUGCCCCUUAAAACAACAAUAUCCAAGUAAACUGACUUGCACCCUUUUGUGAUUUGUAGCUUGAACAAACUACUAGAACAUGAUCUUUUUCCUUUGGAUCAAUAGACCUAGAAAUUUACCCCUUGUUUUUCGGUGUGUGUGUGUGGAGAGAGAUAGACUCCAAGAAUGAAAUUGUGAAGGAAGCAUCAUUGGUGGGUAGAAGAAUGCCCAAAUAGAAAUCAUAAUAUGAUGUGCGGAAGUGAGAAAACAUGAUGCAAUAUGUCCAAAUAGAAAUCAUAAUGAUGUGUGGAAGUGUGAAAACAUGCAAUGAUGCUUGUUAAGAGGUAGAAAUUCCCUUCAAAUAAAAAAUUGGUGUCUUCUAAGUGUGUCAAUGAAAAAAAAAAACUAUUUACAUGUUU